AUGUCUGAAAUUCAAGGUUAUGAAUAUGAUUUUGACAAAUCUUAUGUGGACUAUGAACUUUCAGAUGACAGCAUCAAUCUGGUUCCACCUGAACUUAUAGCAGUAGAUGAUGACUUAUCAGUAAUUGAAGAGGGCAAAGAUCUUGUAUCUGAAAAUGGUAGUUUGGAUAAUGAACCUGAAGAUAGUCCUCUAAAAAAAAUUUAUGUUGGACAGACAUUUGUCUCGUUUGACAUGCUUGAACAAUGUCUAAAACGUUAUUCAACUAGAAUAGGAUUUGAAACGAAAAUCGCGCGAGCUGAAAAGGAGGAUAAUAUUUUCGUUUGUAAGACAUAUAAAUGUAGGCAUAGUGGAAAAUACUUACCUAAGAAAAAAUUAGACUCUACGCAAAAUCGAGAUCGAGAAUCUGGUCAUAUUGAGUAUGAAUUUACUAUGAAUGCUUCAUAUCGGAAACGUAUGAAUCUUGUCUUUGUUAAUAAAUUCACUAAGGAUUAUAAUCACGUAUUAAAUAAAGAAGAAUUACAUUUGCAAUUUUCACUGUCCUUGUGUAAGGUGCCUGACAAUAUUAAAGAAGAGAUCCGGUUUUAUGUUCAGGAAUGUCAAUUAGGGGCAACUGUCUUAAAACGAAUAUUGCAAAAUAAAUUUCCUGAUCAAGAAAUUUACAAUCGAGAUCUUUACAAUAUGAUUUGCAAAUACAGAGCUGGAGCUCAGAUUAAAAACGAUGCCUUAACUUUAUAUGAAUAUCUUUCAAAAGUGCAACAAGAAAAUCCUGACUGGUACUUUAAGGCUCGGUUUUAUAAUGUCAUUAUUAAUGACAACACAUGCAAAACGAACAAAUAUAUGAUGCCUUUAAGCAUUUUUAUUGUAAUUGAUUCAAAUAACAAAAGUUGUAUUGCAGCCACAGCUGUAGUUUCUGAUGAGACGGUGUCGACUUAUGAAUGGAUCUUAAAACAAACUAAAUUAGCCACUAAUGGUCUUCAACCAACAAUAAUUUUUACAGAUGCUGAUUCAGUGAUGCAAGUAGCUAUAACAAAUGAGUAUCCUGAAGCUAUUGUUAGGCAUUAUGCAUUUCAUAUUCGGCAAAAUCUAGUUAAAAGGCUUAAGAAAAAGCUUAAUAAUAGGUGGGAUAAUUUUAUUUCUGAUUUUUAUACUUUGCGAAAUUCUUUUGUAGUAUCUGAUUUUGAUCGUCAUUGGAUAGAGUUAAUGAAUAAUUAUUCAGAGGUUCAAAGUUAUUGUGAUCGUGUUUUAUAUUCAACUAAAGAAUGUUGGGCAUAUGCAUUUAUGAAGCGCAAAUUUUCAGCAAAUACACAUUUGACACAACGUGUUGAAUGUAUAAAUCAUAUUAUAAAGUUAGAAGCAAACUCGGGAAGUUCUUUAUGCCAACUUCAGGCUGGAAUCGACUUGUCUUUACUACAUAAUAAUGAGCUUAAUGUUAGUGCUAGUCAGCAAUUGGAUCAUAAAGUGGGAUUUAUCGAAGAUGAUUAUAAGGAGCCACAAAUCUUAUUAAAUAUGGCAUUAGAGGAUUGUUCCGAUAGUGUAGAAUUAACUAUCCAGCUAGUACAAAGUAAAAGUAAAUCACUUCCAACUGUAAUAUUUGAGACAUUAAAAAGAAUUCGUGGUCAAAAAGUUAAUAGUAAAAUUGCCGUGAAAUCAGAUUCAAAAAAAGUUUCUUAUGGUCGUGGACUCGGAAUUUGUAAAAAAGCAUUAAAUAUCGCGAUUAUGAAUGGUACCAAUAAGGUUUUAGAGGACCUACUGCAACAUUUUAUUAAUGAACAGGUUUCAGCACAAAGUAGUAGUACUGCUUCAAACUUAUCUGAACAAGGCAUAGGUCAAGAAAUUAAUAGUCUUAUAAUUUCAAACCCUUCUCAACAUAAAGGCAAGGGGCAUCCCGCUAAUAAGAGAUAUUUGUCUGCUAUUGAGAAUCAGAAUAACAAACUUGUUCGCUCAAAUAAUCAAGUUGAAAUAUCAGAGUCUGGGUCAAAAAAGAAAAACAAACGUCAAUAUGCUUUGU